UACAACGCGUUAAAUUAUGCUGAGUAUUUUCACCUUGAUGUCCGCAAGUUUCCGUUCUCUCCCGGCUCUGUUUCCAGUGUUUCAUCUAUCUCUGUGGCGUCUCGAAGCCGCUUUCCUCCUCUCUAUAUACCCCAAUUGCUCCUGAUUGGCCAGCCUUCCCAUCUUUGCUUCGUCUCGCCAAGAAUGAGCUCGCGCUAUCGCAGUGUUUAAUUUCGCCCAUUUAAUUGCAUUCGGAUUUGGAUUGUUCCACUCGCAAGUAAGUACUCGUGUCGAUCGGCGAUGUUGUAGAAUUUAUGCGUACUUUUGCGGAUCGGAGUGCUGGAAUCUGGAUCUCGUCUCUUUUGCGUUCCUGUUGAUGAGAUGGUUUCUGCGAUGGCUUUUAGAUUGAUUGGGCUAUCGGAAAUCAAAGAUAGCUGCUAGAGUUCGCUCAAUUUUCUCUCUAUCAUUUCGUCUUUUUGGGAAGAGUAUCGCAAUAAAGAGCUUGGUUGCCAUAAUCUUUAGUAUUGAUUGCGGCUCCAGCUGAUCUUUGGAACUGGGAUUUUCGGUCAUUUUAAAUAAAAAAAAUCUGUUGGCUGAACAGCCAUAUGACUUUUACUAGAAUUUUCAUGCAGAAGAGAUCUAAGGACUCAAGAUCUUUAUGAAAAUCAUUGACCAUCCAUGGAUCUUCUACGUGAACACCUGGCUGCUAUAACUAUAUAUACUUCAGAAAACAGCACUACCAAUUUGCACGAUGUUGAGAUUUUUUUAGGUAAUUAUUUUUACAGUUGCAAUAUAUAAUAAAGGAGUAUAGAAUUGUAAGCUGAUGGUUAUGUAUGAGCAUGAUCCUGAUGUCCUCAGAUGGGGCUUUGAUUUUCUCAACGGUGAUCCAUUUUCAACCUCGAGCUAUUGUGGUGUCACCACUGAAAGUGAUGCGAACUUUUAUGAUGGAACCUACAGUAGAGAAAGUAAUUUUGUAACGGAUCACACCUCACUAGGGAGUGAUGAGAUUAUGGCACACGCUCUUCAGGAAGAAUUUUCGCGCCUUGCUGUUGCAGAAGCAACUAGCCCUGCAAAUGUAGGUGAACAUUUGCAAGCAUCUGCUCUUGCGCAAAACUGGUUUGGUCCAACCAUGAACACUUAUACUUCAGUGUAUGAAGAUGGUGAGGAGAGUUCAGAAGAUACAGACCCCUCUAGUGCAUGUUGUAGCCCAGGAGAAAUAUCACUUGAUGGAGAUGAGUGGUUAUUAGAGCUCACAGAGGAUUGUUCAACUAUAGAUGGUGAACUUGGCAAAAGGUUGAAUCUGUUAAUUCCAAUACCUCAUGUUCCAAGAAUUAAUGGUGAAAUUCCUUCAGUAGAUGAAGCUACAUCAGAUCAUCAGAGGCUUUUAGACAGGUUGCAGUUGUAUGACUUGGUUGAACUUAAGGUUCAAGGAGAUGGAAAUUGUCAGUUUCGAGCUCUAUCUGAUCAGUUUUAUCGUACUCCUGAGCACCACAAGUUUGUGAGGCAGCAAAUAAUCAAUGAGCUUAAAUCUAAUCCGGAGAUCUAUGAAGGAUAUGUUCCAAUGGCUUAUGAUGACUACUUGAAGAAGCUCUCGAAAAAUGGUGAAUGGGGAGAUCAUGUGACCUUACAAGCUGCUGCAGAUUCAUAUGGUGUUAAAAUAUUUGUCAUAACAUCGUUCAGAGACACCUGCUACAUAGAAAUCCUGCCCAAUGACCAACGGUCUAAGCGAGGUAUGUUUAUUUAUUUUCUUAAGCUUCUGGGCUGAGGUUCACUAUAACUCCAUCUAUCCUGCAGGAGAUCUUCCAACAGCAGAAGUCAAGAAAAAGAAAAGAUGGUGGCACUUUGGAAAUAAGCAUUAAGGGGAAACUCAUUGGCCUCAACAAUGUGUGAGGCUUCUAAUAUUCAGCAUUUCUCAUUUUACCAGGGGAACGUUAAUUUGAUUAGGGUUCUUAAAGAUAUGAACCCUAGCAUCGGUCCCCUGUCUCACAACAGAAUGUUUAACUCACUCAAUUAUCUCACUUUUCAAUUUUAGUCUGUUAUUUGCUCCCUUUAUAAUAAUAUAUAGAUGAUGUAGAGGAAAUUACACUUUGUUCAAUUCAGAAACUGAAUUCAGAUAUUUUUUUGUCUCUGGAAUGCUUAUCUUUUAUAGUAUUUAUAAUUGAUAUUUUUGCCGUAAACUUCUGCAUAAAUACAA